AUGGUGUACGUGCGCCAGGACAAGCUUCCUGGCCUCAAGGAGUACAAGUACUCGGGCGUCGACCACUCGCUCGUGUCGAGGUACAUCCUCAAGCCCUUCUACACGAAUGUGGUCAUCAAGUGCUUCCCCAUGUGGAUGGCACCCAACCUGAUCACCCUCACGGGCUUUAUGUUCGUCGUCGUCAACUUCUGCACGCUGCUGUGGUACAACCCGACCCUCGACCAGGACUGCCCGACUUGGGUCUACUACAGCUGGGCGAUCGGCCUGUUCCUGUACCAGACCUUCGAUGCAGUUGACGGCUCGCAGGCACGCCGGACACGACAGAGCGGCCCGCUCGGGGAGCUGUUCGACCAUGGCGUCGAUGCGGUCAACACCUCCUUGGAAGUUCUCCUCUUCGCCGGAAGCCAGAACAUGGGCCAAGGAUGGACGACGGUAGCAAUAUUGUUCUGCUCACUCCUUACCUUCUACGUCCAAACCUGGGAUGAAUACCACACCAAGACCUUGACACUGGGCAUUGUCAGUGGACCUGUUGAGGGCAUUCUGAUCAUCUGUGUCAUUUACGCGGCGACUGGCUACUUCGGCGGUGGACACAUCUGGACGUACUCGGCCCUGGAGACCAUCGGCGUCUCCCGACAGCCCUACAUCCCAGAUAUUGUCUACAAAAUGUCCUUUUCGCACUGGUACAUGGUCCAGGGCUUCGUGGUGCUCUGCCUCAAUACCGUCGAGUCGUGCCGCAACGUCAUCAAAGCAAGACGGGCCCGCGGUGACCGCAGCCGGUACGCGCUCGUCGGCCUGGUGCCUUUCUUCGUCACCUGGGCCCUGAUCAUCGCCUACCUGCUGCUGCAGCCUAAUAUCCUGCACAACCAUCUGGUCCCCUUCGCCAUGUUCUGCGGCAUUGUCAACGCCUACUCGGUCGGGCAGAUGAUCACGGCGCACCUCGUGAAGCUGGAGUUCCCCUACGCCAAUGUCCUGGUGUUGCCGCUGGCCUACGGUGUCUUUGACUCGCUGGGCCCGUGGCUGCAGUUUGAGUUCGGACGCUCGUGGCUCGGAUGGCCCAGCGCGCUGGGCGACGAUGUGUACCAAGUGGCGUAUAUGUUCCUCAUGCUGGGAGUGUCCAUUGGUGUGUAUGGGUCCUUUGUCGUCGACGUCAUUGUUACUAUCUGUGACUACCUCGACAUCUGGUGCCUGACGAUCAAACACCCGCAUGUGGAACCCCAGGCGAACGGGAAGAAGUCGAAGUGA